GUCGCCUCGGAAUUGAAGUUUGGCAGCCUGAGGUUCCCUUGCUUCUUCUUCGAUAGACGCGAAUUAUGACGGGCCUUACCAGAACUCUUCGCCUCCGAAUUUCGCAAGGAACGCCGCCCUCAUCGAGAGCAUUGCAUGCUUUUACUUCGAGUCUUGCUCCUGAGUUUUCCAAUGCGACAGUUAAAAGAUAUUACUCUGCUACUCAACCUAGCCUGUCUCCGAUGUUAGCCACAUCUCGAAAUGCUCAAGCAAAACUCUCUAUCAUCAGGGGCAGCAGGAGCGCGAGCUUUCUCAAUGGGAUCAACGGGGAUUUGCCUGUUGUCGGAGGCGGUCAGUCACUCGGGGAAGACGGUCGUUAUGUCUUGGACAGGAAGAUAAUAAGCGACCAGACCUCGGAAACUUGGCUUGCCAUGGAUUCAAAGACGGGACAUCACGUCGCCAUAAAGAUUCUCGCCGGAAGUUAUACUCAUGAUCUUCAUUCUGGUCGUGUAUGGGAGCUCGAAGCUCUCAAGAAGAUGUCUGCUGCACCGUAUAGCCCCCACUGUCAACUGCUGCUGUCAUCGUUCACGCUCCAACAGAACCAUGACCAUACUUGCCUUGUCACCCCUAUCAUGGAUGGAGACCUGUACAGCCUAAUUCGCUCUUUCUCUCCAGAAGACGGGCGCCUACCGUUACCUCUGGCCAAACGCGUCGUGCUGCAUAUGCUGCGCGGGUUAACUCAUGCACACAGCCGUGGGGUCAUGCACACCGAUCUAGCGCCAGACAAGGUCCUCUUCUCCUCGCCUGAUAGAGACGAUGGGGUCAAUCGCGACCCCGCAUCGCAGCCGCCGACGGUGGAGGAAGCUUUGGGAUAUACGUAUGUCGUGGCUGGCUUCGAUACUGCGGCAAUUGUCGGUGAAGCCGUACAAGAUCGUCCUUCGAUUCCAUUACUUCUUCCCCCAGAAGUCAUCCUUGGAGGAGACUGGAGUGAGAAAAUGGAUAUCUGGACUGUCGGUUGUUUGGUCUUUGAUCUAUUGACCGGAUCGAGCCUUUUCAAAGACACUACUGAGUGGCACUCUGGAGUGGAAAUGGACCUAUUGGAACAUAUUCUCUUCCAAAUGCUGUUCAUGUCCCACGAGCGAUUCAGCCCUGACCAGCUCGCACAAAGUUCACGGGGUUACAUGUACUUCGAACCGGAUGGUACUUUCCGUCCCAGCAUACGAAUCGCCAAGAACCGGUUUGCUUACGAGGGCGCAAUUGAGGUGUACGUCGUCCUGGAUGAAAGGGAUGCGAAGGCCACUGGCGAUCUUUUGAGGAGAUGCUUGCGACUUAAUCCUAAUGACAGGCCCAGUGCGAAGGAACUGCUUUCGGACCCUUGGUUCAAUGAUGUCGAUUAGUGGGAUGCUUGCUAUAUAUUCGAUAACGCAGUCGACCUAUCUCUACAGGCCGUUUAUCAUCGAACCGACGAAUCGCGCACUCAUUAUGUUAUCUGCGUUCAACCUUUG